AUGUCUGCCUUUGUGGCAACAUGGCGGGCCCCCACGGCGACAAUGCGGGCGCCGCGCGCGAGCCAGAGGCGGGCUGGCACGGACUUGAGAGAAAGUGCAGAGCGAAGUGGCCCACAUGAGCAGGCGAAAUUGCCUGAGAAGGUGAACUUGGCCACGUUGGCAGAGGUACAAGAUGCGUGGGGCAUCGCUGGUUCGUUGGCGGAGCAGCGAAUGACCACAGAUACGCCGAGCCUGUGGGCGGGCGACAUGUUUGAUAGGCAGGUCUCAUCAUCAGACGAGAAGAUGGCCGUGCUGUCUACCUGUACUCGUUCAUCACUUGUCUUCUGUGUCCCGCAUUGUGCCUUAUUUCGUGCCCAUGGCACUGCAGUUGUGAAAGCUUCCGCGCGUGCGGCAGCUGAGGACUACUUUGCCCUGCCGCCCCUGACUGCCGAGAACCUCGAGUGCCAGCCAACUUGGAUAAUGCACCUCAACGUUCUGAAUCAGACAGAUGUGUGGAGCGCAGCGGUACCGGAACCGGUGAUCCCAGCUAUGAUUCCAGAGGACUUGCGCCCUGCUGCAUGCCUCCUGACACUGAAGCAUCCCUUUGAGAAGCUGAUCGCCAAGCUCAACAGUGUCGCCAUGCCAGAAGAAGGCUCCGGCGCUGCGAACUCGCGCACAGGAAGGCGAAAUCACAUCAAGAUCGACUUUGCCUCUGCCCUGGUACAUCACCUGUUUCCGCGUCUGCGGCCGGAUGACGAGGAGUAUCAGCGCAUGGUGCGCGAUUUGGCAGGGACCAAGCGCAAGCUGACAGACUGCCCAGACGAAGUCUUGGCCGCAGUCUCGGUGCUCGACAAAGAUAACGCCGAGACAUUCCAGGGCUUGGCUACGCGGUUCCGUGCAUUUGGCUGUCUGCGUGAGUUCCUGCGUUUGUCCUGGGGUGUCAACAGUGAGUUGUUUUUCGUCAGCAUUUUCGGCCAUAUCCAGGGCCUUUGGCGACCUCGCAAGGUACGGGGUUCCUUGAAAGCACCGGCGCUGCAUCCGCUUCCAGUGGUGGCGGACCAAGUGCAAAAGCUUCUGCAACGCCAAAGGCGUUUGGUAAAAGAGGCCGCGGCCGAGGCCGUGGCAGGUGUUUUUCUCGCCGGGCAGGCCGGCUUCGCUCGGGCUGUUGUCCGUGGCGGAGGGCAGGCAGAAUCUCUGGUGCCUAUGGCGCAGGCGUGCAAAGGUCUGGCGGACGUCGUCCAUGGACCAAGUGCAGGCGAACCAGAGGAAGGACAGGAGCCAUUGCAGGGCGGCUUGGCUGUCUUUGCCCAAGUGGCAUUCGUUGCGUGCUGGGUCUUGCCCGCGGACGUAAGUAGGCUUGUGCGUGGCGGGCGCGUUGGGUAUGUCUGCUUUGGUGGCGACAUGGCGGGCCCCCACGGCAACGAUGCGGGCGCCGCGCGCGAGCCAGAGACCGGGCGGGCAUCGAACGAUCUUGCACGAGUCGUCAAGAGCGUGCAAGAAUUGUUGCCAGAGGCGGGCGGGCACGGACUUGAGUGUGCCCUUGCCGCUGUGCAAGUCGCGGGAGAGCGUGCUGAGCAUGGGGCGCAGAAAAGUGCACAGGGAAGUGGCCCACAUGAGCAGGCCGAGGCAGAGGGCAGCCCAGAUGCCGUGCGGGUCUUGCGGGGCGAAGGUGAGCUGGACGUCGCUGGCUGCGGGCAUGGCCAUGCGCUCUGCGAGCGUGCACCUGUUGUUGAGGUUGCAUAUCGAGCUGUCGAGGACGAGGCGGGCAUCGCGAUCGUCUGCGAGCACGAUGUUGAGCUUGCCUAUGGCGGUGCCUGCCGGCCAGUGCAGGCGGGCCGCGGCUUCGUCGCCGUCGAAAGGCCGGACGAACCCGCCCUCUAUUUCUUUGGCGAGCAGGCUUUGGAGCAGUUCUGGAUUGUCUUCCGCACGCUUCCAGUUACCCUCGCAGUGCAGCAGGGCUGGGGCUCGAAGGCACCCGUAGGCGAGCAGUUGCAGGAGGUGCAGGCGGAAAGGCUGGCCCGGGUCGAUGGCCAGGCAGGCGGAGUCGUUGCAGUUGGGGUGCAGGUGCGCGGCCACUUUGUUGGGCAGGUCUUGGCUGCAGGCCCAGGCCUGCGCCGUCGCAAACCCCUGGGCGGGCAUGCUGGUGCGGGCGCAGUGCGGGCGCUGCAGUGCGAAGUGGCAGAGUGGUUGCUGUGCGUCGCGUUUGCGUUUGAGCAUGUCGACACGAUGCGUGCCGGGGGGAUGGGCGCAUGCAGCGGCAAGGUGCGUGCAGGCAGUGCUGUUAGAGGCGAGCAGCCAGGAGCCGUGACGGUCCAGACCAUGCGCGCAGAAAGCAAUGGCCGUCACAUGAGCGCCAGAGGCUUGCAGUGCGUGAAUGAGAGCGGGAUCGAGCCAGACGGUGCUGGCGGGAUGUGCUUGCAAGAAGAAGUUGCCGCCGGCAGCAUUGGUUGCAUGCAGGAGGGCGAGGCA